GGCUUGCUGCACGGGUCUUGACUGAUAGGCCUGGCAGGUCUGGUACAUGGUACUAAAAGUCUGGUACCAAAGGCCUGCAGCAAAGAGCAAACGAGAUGCUGGCAGUCUGGAUAGGCAGGAUGGGAUGACCAGGAUGGAAAUCCAAAUUCAAUGUUCAGCAACUCCCACUGCUCCCAGCAACUCCCCGGGGGGCGUCGAAUCGCGACCCCAUGGCUGGACUCGCUUAGACACCAUCCACUCUAGCCUCAGACCAAUCAGAUUUAGUCGACCUCUUGGCCCUCGCACGUUCUUUCUCGUGCUCCCACUGUCCCAUUGCUCCCCGGCGUCUCCCCCCCAGUUCUGCGUUCUGCCAGUGUCGUGCUGAUCCUGACCCUCUGGUUCUUUUCUCCCGCCUUUUCCCUCUCGCCGCGCUCCAGCGCUGCCCUUUAUUCUCCACCCUGCAACUCGCACUCUAUUAUUACCCACUAUCCUAUCGAUUCCCAUCGAUUCCCGCCCAUAGUCUCAAUCAAUGGGAUACCACAAAAACCGAUCGAGACCCUCAACAUCGACAUCGAGCGACGAAAUAAUAUCCCAUAACGCUGGUUUGACGUCGAAACACCAUUACCAUGGCGAUAGCCAUGGGCUGGCAUAAACCCGAUAAUGUCGCCGGCUCUUCGGCCCCGGCCAUCAUGGUCGGCCUCUUCGUAGCAACAGGUGGUCUCUUGUUCGGAUACGAUACAGGGACGAUAAAUGGCAUCCUUGCUAUGGAAUCAUUCAAGGCUCAAUUCAACACCGGCUACCGAGACGAUCGCGGUGACUUGGAACUCUCGCCCUCCCAAACUUCCAUCAUUGUCGCUAUCCUAAGUGCCGGAACCGUCGCCGGUGCACUCUUCGCAGCCCCUGUAGGUGAUUGGAUAGGUCGUCGAAUAUCGAUCAUCGGUUCGGUUUGCGUCUUCUGUUUCGGCGUCAUCUUUCAGGUCUGCGCCGAUGCUAUUCCGUUGUUGCUAGCGGGAAGGUUCUUCGCUGGUGUUGGUGUUGGAUCCGUAUCCGUUCUCGUUCCUUUAUAUCAAUCUGAAAUGGCCCCGAAAUGGAUUCGCGGUACGUUGGUUUGCGCAUAUCAACUUUCGAUAACGUUUGGUCUAUUGGCGGCAUCCAUCAUCAACCUCAUAACCCAGAAAAUCGAUGGCCCGGCCGCCUAUCGAAUCCCCAUGGGUCUACAACUCACAUGGGCUUGUGUACUUUGUCUUGGUCUAAUCAUCCUACCCGAAACUCCCCGAUUUCUCAUCAAGAAAGGCGACAAACAUGCUGCUGGCCUAGCCCUCAGCCGUCUUCGUCGUCUCGAUAUUACCCAUCCUGCCCUAGUCGAAGAACUCGCCGAAAUCGAGGCGAACCACGAUUACGAACUUGCGCUGGGACCUGCCUCGUACCGAGAUAUUUUCAUCGGAUCGCCUCAUCUCGGCCGCCGAACAUUGACUGGUUGUGGCCUUCAGAUGUUACAGCAACUUACCGGCAUUAACUUCAUCAUGUAUUACGGGACCACAUUCUUCACCAGUGCCGGUGUUUCGGACCCUUUUUUGAUCUCACUCGUCAUGAAUGUCAUCAACGUUGUCUCGACAAUUCCCGGAUUGUUCGUCGUGGAAACUUGGGGCCGCCGAAAAUUGCUCAUUGUUGGUGCAUUGGGCAUGGCAUGUUGCCAGUUAAUCAUCGCGAUAUUUUCUACCCUGGCAAGCGAUUCGCAGAGUCAGUUGGUGGCCAAACUUCUCAUCGUCUUCGUUUCGUUAUUCGUUUUCUUCUACGCAGCUUCGUGGGGUCCGGUUGCUUGGGUCGUUACCUCGGAAAUCUACCCUCUCAAGAUCCGCGCAAAAUCCAUGUCGGUCUCAACGGCCUCGAAUUGGCUAUUGAAUUUUGGUAUCGCCUACGGAACACCAUUCAUGGUAGAGGAAGGGAGAGGUUAUGCCGCUUUGGGGGCCAAGGUGUUCUACGUGUGGGGAGCUUUCUGUAUUCUUGCCGCGAUCUUCGUGUACGGCAUGAUAUACGAGACUAGCAAGAUCAGUUUGGAGCAGAUCGACGAAAUGUAUGAACGAGUGGCCUUUGCGUGGAAGAGCAAAAACUUCGAACCGAGUUGGAGCUUCCAACAAUUACGCGAUGACGGAUUCGCAGAUAGCGGUAUCCCUCCGCCGGAACACGAAUUACAGGCGUCCCGAACUACUACGACUACAAGCGAGAGCAUACAAACGAUACAUACCGAAUCUAGUCCGAGUGAGAGCCAAUCAGAAGAAGACAAGAUAAUUAACGAAUUGGGUAUGGGCAAUGUUGACUUUAGCUACUAA